AUGGUGACUCCCAGCAGUAGCAGUGAUUAUGAUUAUUACUACUCUUCUAGCUCCUCUGAAGAGGAUUACAAGACUUCUGCAUCCAAAGAUCGUUCCAAGAUGGACCAAUCAUCGAAGGAUUCUAAGAAAUUUAUGAAUGGUAUAUACCUUGAUCAUUCGAAAGCCUCUCAUGAUAACUUCUUGAAGAUAAAGGUUGAGGACGAGAUAUUAGCUGAUUAUCGACAAGAGAGGGAACGAUUACAGCGUAGGAAGUUUGCAGCUGAGGAGAAACUUCGAUCUCGUGUUGACGGUGUAGAUUCGGAUUCAGAUGCUUCAGAAGACGAACCCCGCAAAAUUAAACCAAACCGACGUACCAAGGAGAUUGAGCGAUUGGUUGAAGCUGACCGCGAAGCUGAGCGUGAAAAAGAAGAGUACUGGGAUAUGAUGUAUAGCGAUCCUGAUGAGAGACUAGACUUCAUCAAUGGUCCUAACAGUGACUCUGAGGAAGAAUCUGAUGAGAACCCUUCGAAAGACAAUAAUGAUGACAAAUCUGAUAAUUCUGAAAAAUCUGAUGACGAAUCCGAUGCAUCUGAUGAUUAG